AUGAAGGAAUUUCCGCGCAAGUUUCUCAGUCUUCGUGACAAGAACAAUCCGCAUCAACGAAGCAAAUCAGCUCCGCCUGGGGGCAAGCCUCGUACAUCAACCUCUGAGACUUUUCGGUCACUCUGGAAAAACAACAAUCAAAGCAAAAAUGGCCAAGCGAAGGAAGAGCCUGCAGCUGACAAGAUCAAGGAGAUACAAGAUAGGCUUGAAGAAGCCGGAGCGACAUACAUAACUCCCGAUCAUAUAAAGGCCAUCCUGGCCACGAGAUUCGCCGACGGAGACGUAGACAAAACGGUCGAAUUCAUUCAAAUAGAGCAAAAGGCGUACAAUGGAACAAUCGUUCCCUACGAUCCUCGUGUUGAAAUGGUAGGCGCUGAGAACCGAGGAAAUGUUACCUGCUAUCUUGAUUCCCUACUUUUCGCCAUGUUCGCCAAGAUGGACGCAUUCGAGUGUGUUUUAAAAAACAAUUUUCCUCCGGAAGAUAGCAGGCAUAAACUUGUCAACCUUCUUCGAAUCUGGGUGAACAUGCUACGUUCUGGGAAGCUCAUUCGGACAGAUAUGAUGCAAAUCAUACAAGAAUCACUGGCAGAGUGUGGUUGGUCAGACGCCAGAGAGCUUGAACAGCAGGAUACCUCCGAAGCAUUUGCAUUCAUCACAGAAACACUCCAGCUUCCUCUCCUUUCAUUACAGGUGGAUUUAUUUCACCAUGGAAGGAGGGAUGAUGACGAUCACAAAGUCGUUUUUGAGCGACUGCUCAAUCUAGCCAUCCCUCCUGACACUGACGGGCGCGGCAUCAGACUCGAGGACUGUUUGGAAGAGUACUUCAAUGCCAGGGUGGAUGUCCUAAGAGACAGCGAAGAAGCGAAGAAGUCAGGGUUGGAAGAAAAGACUGAAGGUGGGAUGGUUAUCAACCGGAAUACAAUCCGCGUUACGACCGAUGAUGGUACAUCGUCAACUGUUGUGGUGUCAUCCCCAGUCUCUAUAACCCCACCAACUCUACCCGAGACAUCGACCCAACAGAGCUUAGGAAACGAGGAAACGAUUACGUUGCAACGCGUUGAGUCAGUAAGAGAGUCAGCCAGAGAAGGCGGCCCGGUGCAGGGGCAAUUGUCAAACCGACAGCGGUCAACAAGCGUUAUUCAAAACGUCCUCCUUAACAAUUCGGGCCCACCAACAACGACUGACGAUCCCACGUUCUUACAGCGGGCCAAGAGCAAAGGCUCGACUGUGAUCAAAGCAGUCACUAUUCCAGCUUGGCAAUUUUUCCGGCUUAUUCCGUGGCAUGCUGUGACCAGUAGCGAGCCAAAGAACGAUAUUGAGGUUGCCAUGAACUUUGACCAACGGCCAGUUGUCGGAAUUUGUCUCAAACGAUACACCAUGACGGAAUCCGGGGAGCCAAAGAGGCACAACACCUAUAUUGACAUCCCGGAUAGUCUCCGCCUGCCACAUUUUAUGCUCGCAGACAGUUCCUCUGACAAGGACGGCGACUCGGUCCCAGCAUUGGAGACUGACUACAAGCUGGUGCUCCAAUCUGUCAUUUGUCAUCGUGGAGAAUCUGUACAAAGCGGCCAUUACAUUUCCUUCGCCCGGGUGGCUCCUAAACUACUCACAGACAAUAGGAGGCACGACGUCGAUCCGCCCCCUGAUUACGAAGAGGCCGUUUGGGUCCGAUUUGACGAUCUGGAUUUGGCCCAUCGUGUCAACUAUGUGGGUGACAUCAAAGAAGCAUUGAAGACAGAGAUGCCCUAUCUUCUCUUCUACCAGGUUGUUCCCAUGGCGGAUAGUCCCUCCACGGUGAACACUGAACCCGAGCCACCAUCUUACGAGGACUUCAAAGCAAGUAUUGAGCUCUCGAGGCCACCUUCAACUGUUUACUCCGGUGAGACUGCGGUAAAAUCUCAAUCGGAGCUCCUGCCUGAAACCACCAUCAUCGAAGGAGUACCAAAUCAUUUACCUAGCGAGCCUCCUAGUGUACGCCUCUCCACCGAAGACACUCAAUUUCGAGAGAGCACCGACGCCACAGACACUACGUAUACCACGAGACCAAAUUCUUACUCAGAUACAACAGAAAACGAGUCUCGCCGCCCCAGCAUGAACCUUACCGAGUCCACAGCGGUCACGCCUGCAAUCACCCCUGACCGCCUCAACUCACCCUUGUUGAACCCUGUCGAUGAAUCUACAGCGUCUAGGCUGUCACGUGCGGCAGCCAGAUUCGCUUCAAAGGGAGGGAAAAGUCGGUCAGGGAGUCAAACGGGGGGGAAUCGCGUCAGUAAAAUGAGCCGUGUGGCUGGAUUGAUGAUGCGACCCAGCAAGGAGCCAAUUGGGGAGCCCACCGCGCUUGAUAUUGCGGCAACGGAUUCCAACGAGCGAAUCAGCUCCGAGAAUAAUGCCCAGGGUACCGACGUACCUUCUGACAACGAGAAACCGCAUCGCCAUUCCCAUAACCACAAGCAUGGGCAUAGACACUCGAGAUGGAAAGAGUCAGACAAGGGUCAUAAAGCAAAGAGUGGCGAACAACCUGAACGAGAAUGUUCAGUGAUGUGA